AUGGUCAAUUUCAUCACUGAAGACUGUAUCCAACGGCUCGGUUUGAAGAAAAUUAAGGGCAAUGCACAAGUUACAGGAGUCUGUGGGAAUACUUCGUCCAUCCAGUACAAGGUCCAAACUGUAAUUCGUUCCACCACAUCUUCCUUUGAGACUGAAAUUGAGUGCCUGGUUACCAAGAGGAUAACGGCGAAUUUGCCAAUUGAAGGUUUCGACACAAGGUUCUUGAUGAUUCCAAACAAUUUGGAUUUAGCAGAUCCGUUCUUCAAUGUUCCAGAUCGCAUCGAUGUGUUGAUCGGUGCCGACGUCUACAUGAGAAUUUUGGAAACAAGGCGAGUCCCACUGCUGCAGGGAAGCCCUAUCAUGCAAGAAACGCUAUUCGGCUGGGUGAUAGGUGGCAAGGUAGAAGUCGAAAAACCACUUGUUUCUGCCUUUGUCUCUAAUGAUGAUCUGGACCGUUUGCUAAGAAGCUUUUGGCAGAGUGAAGAUAGUGAGACGGAAUCAACGCUUACUACCCAAGAGGAACAGGCGGAGCAGCAUUUUAUUAAAACUCAUCGUCGUCAAAGGGAUGGCCGCUAUAUCGUGGAGUUGCCGUUCAAGAAAGGUUGCCCAGACCUAGGUGAUUCAAGGCAGAUGGCCCACAAAAGAUUGCAAGCCCUGGAUAGACGUUUGAUGAAAAAUUGGACAUUGGCUACGGAUUACGAAGACUUUGUUAACGAAUACGUCAACCUUGGCCAUAUGGUGGAUCUGGGUCCCAUGGAACAAUACGAAGCUUCAUCUGGUCAAGACUACUUUUUGCCUCAUCACGCCGUUGAAAAACCGGAUAGUAGUACAACAAAAUGCCGGGUGGUUUUCGAUGGUUCGGCGCCGUCUAGCAACGGAAAAUCAUUGAACGACAACCUACUGGUGGGUCCCAUUAUUCAACCGAAGCUGAACGAAAUAGCAAUGAGGUUCCGUGUUCCGAAGAUUGCAUUUACUACUGAUGUUAGCAAGAUGUAUCGACAAGUGAAAAUCUCUCCGAAUCAUCAACCAUAUCAGCAAAUCUUGUGGACACCCAACAAAACAAGCGAGCCUCACGUGUAUCGAUUGACAACGGUGACCUACGGGCUAGCGAGCGCACCAUUUCAAGCGGUUCGGACUGUGAAGCAGCUAUGUAUCGAUGAAGCAACACGUUUUCCUGACGCGGCGAAAGUUGUCGCGAAAGAUUCGUACAUCGACGACGUGUUGACAGGGGCGGACACACUAGAGCAAGCCAUUCAACUGAAGGAUGAAAUCAUUGGACUGUUUGAUAGUGGUAAAUUCGAGCUCCACAAAUGGUGCUCCAACAGCAAACAGUUUCUUCAAACCCUCCCUCAGGACAAAAUCGAGAAGAAGUUAUUGGUCGGUGAAAAACAAUCAGUCAAAGCUCUGGGAAUCUUGUGGAAACCGGAAGAAGACGUGUUCGAGCUCAAUGUUGAUCCGAUUGUGAUUUGCAAGGUUGAAACUACAAAACGGGAAAUUCUGUCUAGCAUCUCCAGAUUUUUGACCCCAUUGGUUUGGCAGGACCGAUAG